AUGGCUUCAGGGUACAAGGGCACUAUUCCAUCGUAUAACCAUGGCCAGCAGCUUCGACAGUUUGAGCCUCCAAUUGCGGGCAACGGGGUGCCAAAAUCACUUGACAGCUUCCGAAUGUCGAAUACUCAGUCGUCGUCGUCAAAUCAAAACUACAUUACCCGGCGAAGAGAGAGCCCGCCGAUCUCGAGGAGGAAUUCUAUUGCACAUCCCGAGCAGCAUUCGUCCUCGUCAUCGUCGUCAAAGAGGAGGAGUUCAACGAGCAAUGCCGCGGCGUCGAUGACAGUGCCGGCCUCGAUAAACAACACCAAGGCCAAUUUGGCCGAGUUUGCUGCACAGAUCACAUGUUUGUUUUGGUUUGAAUCUUCGCUUCUUCUACAAAGAGUUGCGGAAUCUUCCACUACCCCUGUUCCUCAAGGUCUACUGGCUCCCGACGCCAUGCCAAGUCUAGGAUUUAGAAAAUGGGUCACAACUAUUCUGUCUACCACACAGGUGUCACAGAACGUCAUAUUACUCGCGCUAUUGUUCAUUUACAGAUUGAAGAAGAGCAACCCUUCUGUAAAAGGAAAGCCCGGUAGCGAGUUUAGGCUGCUUACCGUGGCGUUGAUGUUGGGAAAUAAGUUCUUGGACGAUAAUACGUACACAAACAAGACCUGGGCUGAGGUUUCUGGGAUUUCAGUGCAGGAGAUUCACAUCAUGGAGGAUCCCGGCCCCGAUUACACCGACUUUACCGAUUGUUCCGCCAUCACUGCCUUCACCGCCACCUUCAAACAGCUCAUCUCCGCCAUAUUCCUCGUCGACUUCAAUGCCAGGAUAUUCCCACCAGCUGGGUGUGCCUUCAUUGAUGCCGGCUCAUUCGCCAAUAACCCCAAUGCCACAACCUGA